AUGCAUAUAUCGUAUAAACUGUUUUCUAAGGCGAUAUUUUCUUUGGAAAAAAUCUUAUACAGAGAAAGAAAAUAUCGUCUACAAGAGGAACAUCGUCGUAUUAUGCAAACAAUGAAAGAUGAAAUAAGCCAAUUAAUCAGUGUAAUGAAUAAUUCAAACCUGGUUAAGGCAAAGCUUGAAGAUCAAAUUGAAGAGUAUCAACUAGAGAUUAAACAACUUCAUGCUACAAUAGAAAAAGAAUGUUGGAGAGAGAUGAACUGA